CAGAGAGCUGAUGGAUAACUGUUACACAACUGAGAGCUUCCUGGUGUCCCGUUCACUUUCACCGGGGUCUUGUGCACCGGAUCUCCCCGAACUCUCUCUUUUGCGCCGAAUUCAGGAGGGAGGCAGUUGCAGUCCUUACUAACACACUAAACUGCCAAAAGCGCCACAGUAUUACCAUGUUCAUCACGUGACGGUUCUCAGCCAGCUGUGUGUCCGGAAAGAAAACACAACGCUGCUCUUAUAUGCAGUCCGACUGGAUAUUUAUGAAGCUUUCAAGGCCUUUUGAUUGAUCGGUCACUCCAUGGGGAUUCUCCGGUGCUUUCCGUCUGGUUUCUCCUGCCCUUCACCCCUCGGCCUGCCCUCCACCCUCUACAGCACCUCCUCCAUACAAAUCAUGAAACUGGUAUUAACUGAAUGGCAAUUGAUAUGGAUUUUUACUGUUUCCAGUAGACAGUAAACACACACACACACUCACACACUCACACUUACAUGCACAUACACCCCCGCACCCCCACACACACACACACACACACACACACACACACACACACAUCACAUCAGCGGGAGUGACCUCAUGGUAGAGUCAUAUCCUCCCCAUCGUUCCGAACCAAAUCUCCCGACACGGCCCGUCCCAGAGCUCCUGCAAGCGGCCUUCAUCAAUCGGCUCGUCUGGGGAUGUGUUUCGCUUCUUGAGUCCGAUCCGCGGCAGAUUUCCUCCACAGAAGGACGUCCACGGGAAGCGGCGGUGUGCUGCUGUUGGCUUUAUUCUUCCUAGGUUUUUUUUUUUUAGUUUUCGCCUUAUUUUGUGUGUUAUUUGCGUGUGAUUGGAGCCACACGUGACCUCUGCUCCGAGUGCAUGCCGACGACGAUGGCCCCGCAGAACACCGAGGCCGACGCUGUGCAGGUGCAGGCCGCCGUGGUGACGCCUGUGGAGAAACGGGCCGGAGGAGGCGGGGCUAAUGGAGCGGGCGGGGCUGGAGGGCGGGACUUGGAGAGUCAGGAGGAGUCGGUCAGCGAGGGAUCUAUAGACCGCAUCCCGCUGCGUCAGUGGAUCAUGCACGGCGCCGUCAUGUUCGGACGAGAGUUCUGCUACGCCAUGGAGACGGCGCUGGUCACACCUGUCCUGCUGCAGAUAGGUCUUCCAGAGCAGUACUACAGCCUGACGUGGUUCCUGAGUCCUAUCCUGGGUCUGAUCUUCACUCCUCUGAUCGGCUCGGCCAGUGACCGCUGCACGCUCCGCUGGGGCCGGAGACGGCCCUUCAUCCUGGCCCUGUGUGUGGGAGUCCUGCUGGGAGUCGCUCUCUUCCUCAACGGAUCGCUGAUAGGUCUCGCUAUAGGAGACGUGCCAAAUAACCAGCCGAUAGGAAUCGUGAUGACGGUUCUGGGGGUGGUGGUGCUGGACUUCUGCGCGGAUGCGACGGAGGGCCCCAUACGAGCGUAUCUGCUGGACGUGGCCGACACCGAGGAGCAGGACAUGGCCCUCAACAUCCACGCUUUCUCUGCAGGGCUCGGAGGGGCGGUCGGUUACGCCCUCGGUGGUCUUGACUGGACCCACACCUUCUUGGGUCGAACCUUCAAGUCUCAAGAGCAAAUUCUGUUCCUGUUCGCCGCGGUUCUGUUCACUGUUUCGGUGGGUCUGCAUCUGUUCAGCAUCGAGGAGCAGCAGUUCAGCCCCCAACAGGACCGUCUGGACGAAGAGGCGGAGACCAAUUCCAGUGUUAAAACCGCAUCGCACCAACCCCAGCUCGAAAUGAUCCACGAGGACGAGCCCUACGAGCAUUACGACCUCUACGCCGACCGGCGAUCGGAGCGAGACCUGGACAUGGACUUUUUAGACGUGGACAUCGUUCGGAGUAAAAGCGACUCCGUUUUGGCGAUGGCCGACGCUACGCUGGACCACCACGACAUGCUGUUUCUGCGUGAAAUCGAGCCGUCUAUCUUCCAAGAUCGCAUUUCUUCCUAUCACGGGUCGCCGCCGCGGCGCAGCAGCAGCGUAGAGAGCCAAGAGUUCCUGCGCGGAAAAUUUAGCAGGCUAUCUGUGUUCCUGCAGCACGCCGAACGUGACGGAGAAGAAGCUCUGCUUAACAGCCAGCUCAACCAAUCCAAAUCGCCCAACGGACACGCGAUGGACCUCAACGGCCACGGGCCGCCCGGAAUCAAACCCUCCAGCACCAAUGCUUCCAUGCGCCGCAGACGUCACACUUUCUACCGACAGUCGUCCUGCACCUUCUCCUAUUACGGCCGGGUCGGAUCCCACCGCUACCGCUACCGGCGUGCCAACGCCGCGUUCCUCAUCAAACCGUCCCGCAGCAUGAACGACAUCUACGAGAUGGAGAAGCGGCAGAAGCAGAGGAGCGCGCAGAGAACGAGGCACCAGAGCGGGAACACCAACUCCAGCGGGGACACGGAGAGCGAGGAGGGCGAGGCCGAGACCACCGUCCGUCUGCUCUGGAUGUCCAUGCUGAAGAUGCCCAAAGAGCUGUUCAGGUUGUGCGUGUGUCAUCUGGUCACGUGGUUCUCCAUCAUCGCUGAGGCUGUGUUUUACACCGACUUCAUGGGGCAGGUCAUCUACGAGGGCGACCCGACGGCCCCGCUGAACUCCACCGCCCUUCAUAACUACCACAGAGGGGUUCAGAUGGGCUGCUGGGGGCUGGUGAUUUACGCUGCCACCGCCGCCAUCUGUUCAGCUGUACUGCAGAAGUACCUGGAUAACUUUGACCUCAGCAUAAAGGUCAUCUACAUCCUGGGCACUCUGGGCUUUGCCAUCGGUACGGCCGUCAUGGCGAUCUUCCCCAAUGUCUACGUCUCCAUGGUGAUGAUCAGCAGCAUGGGCAUCAUCUCCAUGAGCAUCUCGUACUGUCCGUACGCGCUGCUGGGCCAGUAUCAUGAUAAUAAAGAGUACGUCCAUCACAGCCCCGGCAACUCCAAGCGAGGUUUUGGCAUCGACUGCGCCAUCCUGUCGUGUCAGGUGUACAUCUCUCAGAUCCUGGUGGCGUCGGCGCUGGGAGCGGUCGUGGACGCGGUGGGCAGCGUGCGCGUCAUUCCCAUGGUGGCCUCCGGCGGCUCCUUCCUGGGCUUCCUUUCCGCCUGCUUCCUCGUCAUCUACCCGGGCUCCGGCGGAGAGGCCGAGCAGACGCGAGCGCUGACGGGCCCCGAUAACAACGGCGUGGCCGAGAAACCCAGCUUCCUCAAGCUCACGCGCAAAGGCGCCGCCACCACCACCUGCAAAGUGGAGUGCGAAUCCACGCUGUGAAAGCCGUCGGGAGGCCAACAUCUCAUGCCGAGUUCACACUGCGCGAUUUCACUCAACAAGUUUGGCGAAAGAAUCGAAAACGGAGGCAAAUUCUUGCUCGUUAACGCAAAGAUGCAAUCGGAGCUACACUAGGGCUGCGCGAUUAAUCGAACGAGACGACCGUGUGUAUUUUAUCAGACGCAUCUCCGCACAGAGCCGUAGUUCACUGAUAAGCUACGCUAGACAGGAAUCGAAGCUUCGAAUCAAUUGAUUCGCAAAAUGACUCACUGUUUCGAAGCGUCCGAAACACCACACACUUGGUUGAACGUGUGCAGACGCAACAAAAACUUAAAAACAAUGGUUAAAGCAUGCGUAGUGAAAGCUUAAAAAUGCGUCAAGUGCAACAAAAUUAACAGGAUAAAAUAUGACGUGUCUGUAUAAUAUGUGGUUUUAAAAAUAUAUUAAUUUGCAGGGCUUGCUGGUUUUAUGUGCGUCUGUCACAUGCAGGCCAGUGAGGGAUUCUUUACUACUUCUUAUACAAACGUCUCGUUGAACUCAUAUUUGGUUGUAUGUUUAUUAGUUAAUUAGUCAGUAGACGGACAACUGAUCACAUCACUGACAAGAAUGGCUAUCGCAGCUUUUGCUUUAUCACCAUUUCAUUUCGAUUUAUCGUGCAGCUCAAUGCACCCUUAAAAGUAAAGGUGCACCACAAAGAAAAAAUCGUUUUCGGUCUUUUAACGAAGCGUCUACCUUUUUAUAAUCCAGAACCUUCUUUCGCCACCAAGAACCUUUUUUGAUGUUAAAGUGCGCAUUAUUAUAGGCUGUGAAAAGUUCAAAAACUAUUUUCAUUUUCUUAUAAUAUGCAGUUUUUUUCCAAACCCCUCCGGCGAUCGGUCGAUUUCAUUCAAAGCGGUGUUAGUAACCUUUUACCUUUCCAAAAGCGGCACCUAGUGGCAAAGAACGAAUUAGCAUUUUCAUUCAGACCAACGUGAAAAGAUCAAACGGGCGUGCGGCCGAUAUGCUAAUGGCCGAGUUUGGCGUCGACUUAAAAUAGCUGGUUUGACUUUCUUUAAGGAACCAAAAAAAUCUUACAUGGCAUCGUGUAAAUAUGGCGACUUUGAAAAUGGCGCAGAGUGAACUCGGCAUAACAUUCCCCACGCGUUUCUACACACAUGGAGCCGGCCGGUGGACAGAAGGCACGGUUGUCUUGUUUUUGUUGGUCUGUCUGUGUUUGGCCUGGUGUUGCGGGUCUCAGGGCUGCGUCUCAGGGCCACCAGGGGGCGACUCUGGGCUGAACUCUUCAGGGGAGAGAGAGAGAGAGGCCGAGCUGGGUCUCUCUCGCUCUCCACCACAUGCACUUCCCUUGCACACUUCCAUUCGAAGCUCAUCCUACAGAUCUAAUAUAGAGAAUCUCUAUUAUAAGUUAAUGGCUAGAAAACUUUAUCUUUUCCUAUUUUUUUAACGGAGGACAUUAUGAUUACCAAACGUUGCCCAGUGCAAUAAUAACAGCCGUUUCGUGACGAAGGCUUUGUUUUAGUGGUGUUAUGCAGGCGAAAGGGUGAAUCUCACGAAUGCAUGGAGUAUUUUAUAUCUCGCAGAAAAUACCAGGAAUUCUUUGCGCAUUCGCAGGAAAUGAUGGAGCUUUUGGAACCGAAUUUCGACAUUAUUUUCACGACAGGUCUUGCUGAUAUAUUUAUUAAUGGGAAAAAAAAUAUUAUUUAAAUGUAAUGUUUAAUAAAAAAAUUAAUUAAAUAAAAUAUACAUAGGU